AUGGCGACCAGCUCCAGCUCUAGCUCGACGACCGAGUGGCCGCUGCGAGCUACGACGGUUGUGGUAUGUCGCGAGUGUCUGCCGGGGGCGCUGGCCCACGUGGCCAGGCGGAUCGACGCGUACCUCGACAGCUUCUCGCCCUGUGGGGACGCCCUGGUGCGCGCGUGUCGACGCGGCUUCUCCCUCCGGGCGUUGGAGUACGUGGCCGCGAGGGAGAACGACCCCUGCAGAGAAGACGUGGCGAGGGCGGCGGCGCGCUCCGGGCGGUGGCUUUGGGCUAAUCGAGAGGAGGUCUGCACGCCACUCGCAGUCAUUGGGGCGGCCAGGAACGGGAGGCUCGAGAUGCUGCAGUGGCUCGAGCAGAACGUCCCCGUGGUUCAGUGGCUCUACCCGAAGCAGAGCGACCGCAGGAGCAGCGAGUUGAGGCUGGCGCUGACGUUUGCGGCAAGAAGAGGACACGAAGACGUGGUGCACUGGCUGCAUUCGCAACGCACACUGCCGAGUCACGUGUGCUAG